AUGGAACGUGAGUCGGGACGGGCGUCAUCCAGUCUCACACUGACCUCCGCUGCUCUGGUAAUACGUUUCCCAAGCAGCGCUGUGUACCCCAGCAAUCUUGCGACAGCCUCGCACGUUUCUGAGCGGCGCUUCGGCCUCGGCAGCCGCGUUUUUGUCGGUGUACGUCGCAAUUUUCCGUGCAGAGUGGCGGGCACGCAAACUAGACAAGUCAACGUCCGGGAGCCUGUGGCGGGCGGAGAAGCCACACGCCGGGGCAACAGCAUGAAGCCUGUUAUGGAGUCCGGGGGGGACAGCUGGAGGGCACGGACCCGCAACGGGGUGGACGGCGACAAGUUUACGAUGAUGCAGUCCCGCAUGUGGUGGAAGAAUCACGCACAUGGCCGACUUCUUUAUCGGCUCCAGGGUGUCUUUGCGAUGGCGCUCUCUUCGAGCAGAAUACGCCAGGCGUCCCUGCGCAACGCCUCGCUUCCCUCCCUGCCACAGUCCUUGCCUAGGCAGGCUGCGGGAAAGCAGCGGAGCAACAGUCGCAGCGUGCUAGCAGAGAAGUCCACAACAGUCGGGCUCGGCAUACGAGGCUACAUGCAGAGCAGUCCACAGAACGGACGCACUACGCAGCCGCCUUGUGCGCCUGUGGCUGCUGAAGGUGCCACUGGGGAAGAAGCGCACGGAGGCACGCUUGAUGCAAUAGUUCAACGACGCGAGGCCUUUGGAUGA